GCUCAUUCGUGUAGCAGUGAUUAAAUCCGACGUUUCGCGCAGUACGUGAAUGCAGCAUUCUCCCCGUCCCGCUUGAACGGCGUCACAUCGCUUCGAUGUGUCAUUUGUACGGAUAAAUUACCGCUCGGUGACGCCGUCCCGUCUCCUGCAGCUCCUGAGCCCGGAUAAUGCGUAACAACAUUUAGUUACGCAUUAUUAUUUAAAUCUGUGCUCGCUCAGUGUGCUUUAAGGCCGACGUUUCGGACGGGCAACAUGUCUGUUAGCGCGUUGACUUUGGCGCUGCUGACCGUCGUUCUCUGUACCUCUCAGGUCAGUGGAAAUGAGGACUGUCUGUGGUACGUGGACAAAAAUGGCACGUGGCACAAUGGUUUUGACUGCCCUCUCAUCACGUUCUGCUGUGGGAACUGCAACCGACGCUACUGUUGCAUGGAUGCCUUCAAGAUGAUCACAGAAAGGGAGCAGAAACGCUGCAUGCUUUUCCAGUUCAGCCCCACUACUCUAGCUGGAAUCGCCUCCUCCAUUCUCCUCUUUGUUGCGAUCAUUGCAACCAUGGUGUGCUGCUUCAUGUGCUCUUGCUGCUACCUCUACCAGAGACGGCAGCAGAGGGGAAGGACACCAUAUGAUGUUCAGCAGAUCGCAAUGGCCAGCUACCCAGUGGAGCCCAUGUAUGAUCCCUACGGAAAACCCCUAGGACACUCAGCAUAUCCGCAUCCAGCCUACCCAGUGGCACCCCAGUAUCCAGUGAUGCAGCCUGGGCCUUAUCCUCCACAUCCAGUGACAGAUCCUAUAUACAGUCAGGCUCCCCCGCCGUAUUCUCCACCGCAGUACUCUGGACAGUGAUGGGCUUGGCUACGUUGCAGUGGAACACAACAGCAGCUGAAAGAAAUGACUGUUUGAAAAGGAGAAGGCAGCAACAUUCGCUGAUACACUCAUACAUUUACACAAACACUACAGCUUGCCUAGCAGCAGUUUGACAGAGAACCAGAAGCACUUUAAGAGUUUUUAUUUAGUUUCAACACUUAUCCUACUUUAAUGGGGUAUUUUACUUGAGUCUAACUUGGUUCUUCAACCCUGACACCUGAUCCAAGCAGAAAGGUACCCGGUUGGCAUCACCACGCCACCGCUCAAUAACAGGGUGUCAGCUAAAGAGAGGGCUGAUUAUCUUUGGUAAAAUGUGUUUGUCGAAUUUAAAAUGCACUGUUUCUUUACUAAAGGGAAAAUGCUUGCUCACAAUUUGCAUAAACUGGGGAUAUGCUUAAAGUAGUGCAGCAGAUAACUGAAACAAUCCUG